GAGCUUGAAACCAGAAGGAAGCACUUGCAAGAGCAGCUGAAUCAGAGGCCAACAACGUUAUUCCCCGAACAGCGUAUGCCACCAUCAGCAGUAGCUGCAAUGGAUCUUUCGUGGGCUCGCAGUACCACAAAUCCAUCACGCCAUUUCGGACCGGUUGUGCAGCAAGAAGUCAAAAAUGUAUUCAUUUACUGCAGUAUUUUUGAUUGA